AUGAUACCUCCCAAUCCCGAUUCCCCUCCACAAGCGACACCCCCACCACCUCCCACAACCACCUAUAAGCGGAAAGUUAGGUCGAAAUCUGUGCGACCAAUAUCCUCUGCCCCUCCUCUAUCCAAACGCAAAGAACCACCCACCCCAUUUUCAGAACCACCACCCAAAAACCCAAAACCUCAGCCUCCACACAAGCCAAAUCACCCUCUUCCAGCAAAAAGCAAAUGGUUCAGUUUACCACAUUCUGAUAUUGCACAACCUGCAGCAGAAACUGAGCCCAUUGCACAACCAGAAGCCCAACCUUUCCCAUCACCCCACAAAGACUCUACAACCUACCCCACCCCUCGAUGCACAGAGACCCCAGCAGCCUUCUCGCCCACACCUCCUACAAGUGAACCUUCCUCAUCCACCCCUCUCCGCAUUCAACACUAA